AUUCUUGGUGCUGCAGCUCAAAGUUUAACUGGACCACCUCUGACCAGCGGUCCUGCAUAUCCCAACUUUGGCCCCAAGAAGUGAGCUGGAGUAGGGCGGCACCCUCCAGCUCCCUCUCUCAGGCUAAGAGAAGCAGAAGAAACGGUGCCAACAAAGGGCCGACCUGGAGCAGCAGCUGGAGACCCCAACGUUGCAACUUUUUUUUUCCCGUUUUCUUAGGGGACAUAUGAAAGUUCCCAGGCUAGGGGUCUAAUCUGAGCUACACCUACUGGAGUACUAGCGAGCUGCUGUACCCGAACUGCUGGCCUACACCACAGCCACAGCAAUGCCGGAUGCCCAACCUCCUGGACGAGGCCAGGGAUCGAACCCCAACCUACGAACUAGUCGGAUUCGUUUCCGCUGCGUCUCAACAGGAACUCCCCCAACCUUGCAACUUUAAAACGCUCCUUUAAAUAAAGCUGGGAACUGGCUCACGAGAACCGGUGGACCUGACUGACGCAAACUCCAAACAACGCCUGACUGGGUAGCAGAGAGAAGACCCCAAUAUCCUGAAGUCGACUGCGGACCAACCCGACCGUGGAGAAACACCUGGGGCUAGAGAAGCCCAAGGCCGCAGAACCGGGCAGAGCACUGUGGGCGGGAAAUGCAGGGCACGAGCGCAUGAAGGGGCGGAGCCUGAGGCUGGAGGGGCCCGGGCGCAAGAAGUGGGUGGAGCCAGGGCGGACAGAGCGCGCGCGCCGGCCGGCAGUCGCCAUGGCGCCUCCCCAGCAGGCUCGGGUUUUGCGAUGCUGCCACUGCCUGCUUUUCCAGGCGCACCAGGUAAAAAAGAGUCUCAAAUGGACAUGCAAAGCAUGUGGAGAGAAGCAGUCAUUUUUCCGGGCUUACGGUGAGGGCUCUGGUACUGACUGUAGACGCCACGUCCAAAAAUUAAAUCUGCUGCAGGGGCAGAUUUCAGAGCUGUCACUCAGGUCUCUGGAGGAGUCCGUAAAUGCCGAGGAGGAGGAAAAUGCUGACCCUCUGCAGGCUGUGCAUGCAAGUCUGCAGGAAAAACCCCAGCCCUCAGAGAGCCGCUGGCUGAAGUAUCUGGAAAGUGACUCCAAAGACCUGGGGCUGGAAGAAGGAGGCACGCCCUCAGCUACCACCACAGAGACGCCAGACCCUCCCUUCAGUACAGGCCUGCCUAGAAAAAGGAGAUGGGGCCAGAGCACAGUUCAGCCUCCAAGCUGCCCUGAUGUCCAGGACUUUAGAAACUAUAAGGUCACCUCGGAGCCUCUGAAGGACCAUGCUGGCCUGGCAGCAAAGGUCAAAGGAAGCAGUCCUGCAGACUGGGACUCCAGGGAGCUCAUCAUUCCUCGAGAACCAGCACGUCCUGCCCAGCAGGUCAAGGCCACGUCUUCUAAGUGGGAACAGUUUCUUCCACCACUUGGAAACAGCUCAAGUGUGGACACGGAGCCCCCGACACCCCUGCAGCAAGGCCACAGGCCAGCGCUGGCAGCACAGGCUGAGCAGGGGACUCCCAGACCUCAGGCCCCAAGGGAAGGAGGCCUCCGCUGGACUCCUGGUGCACUCCAGCCUCCUCAGGACGCACACUCUACCAUGCCUGAGCCCAAGAGUCUCUGUGGGAAGACCCCCAGGCAGUCACGGGGCACGGGCCCGUGGGCAGAGGGUGGGCUCUUGGUCAGAGGGGCGCAGGAGCCUUCACCCAUGCGACUGUGUGACCUCUUUAAAACCGGCGAGGACUUUGAUGAUGAUCUGUGAAUUGAAACUAGUAUGGUGUUAAUGUGGACCUAUUUUUUUAAUGUAGACACAGCUGUCACAUGAGCCCUUCUCCACUUGACCUCUGUGCCCCUAGAAACAGCUCCACAAAAUGCUUUUCAACAGUAGGACUGAAAUGAUUCCUGGCGACUACCAAGAACCGAGAAGAAACGUGACUAGCACACAGAUCAUCUCUGUUGUGACAUUUUUUGAUUAAAGUGCUUAUACCAUUUAA